GUAAAUGCAGCCAUAGAACAGUUUAUGCAAACCAACCCUCCUUGUUCUAUCUUGACACCUGGAGGAGUUGUCUCUGAAAACGACUGGUCACUGCAACUUCAUCUUUGUCUCUGUGGUGUCUUCAUGUGAUGAUGGGGGUAUUGAAGCAUCUCUCUGCUCUCCUCCUUUUCUCAUCCCUUCAUAGUGCGCUCUCUGAGGUGGUGGUGAAGUUCGAUCCAAAGUGCAAGGGGUUCUUCCUGGAUGAGAAGACUCCAAAUAUUUCGGGUAUUUUGCUUGAUGGGACUGCACAGAACCAUUACAAACCGAUUUGCCAGUUGUUCAACAAUGUCUACCGGUAUGCAACUCUUUAUGACACAGCCAACAGGAUCCCUGUGUUCUCAGCCUACACCUUCAUCGGUACUGGGGGCGACAGCAUCAAAAGACCGGCAUGGAAGAUAGAACCACAGCUGGAUGAAGAGACAGAUCCCAAUAUGGCACUGGCUACCCCGGGAAUCAAUUACCCAAAUCAGGCUGUCAAAGAAGACUAUGUUGGGGCAGAGGACACACACAAGGUGAACAGAGGUCACAUGUUUCCAAAUGAGCAUGCGAGUGAUACAGAAAGCAAGAAUUCCACCUUCACCUUAACCAACUGCGUUCCGCAAGCAGUGUCCUCAAAUGCGUUUAGCUGGUGUAACAUGGAGAAAAGUGUCAAAAAGAUUCUUGAGAACAACUGUAAGGACGCCAACAACAAGAUAAAAGCCUAUGUGGUGACCGGAGCGGUGCCCAGUAACGGCAACACACUGAAGAACCGGGUGAACAUCCCAUCUCACCUGUGGUCUGCCUAUUGUUGUUACAACAGAAACCUGGAGAAGUGGAUGGCCAAGGCCUAUUGGAGCGAGAAUGUUCCAGAGGUGUGUGGGAAAAAAAGGUUGAAACCACUUGCGUUGACAGAUCUGUAUGAAAAGCUGAACGUAAUCUAUCCCGGAGGCGAAGUCAGUGUAUUUCCCCAGCAGUGUUCAAGUGAUUUCCAGCUCAGGUUAGCAGGUGAAUAUUUAGAUUUGGAUGGGAAGGACGGAGGAAGAGAUGGGCAAGAAGAGGAUGAUGAGUGUGCCUGUCCUUCUGGAAAGACUGUGAAACAGGUAGAGAACUGAAUCCAGCUGCCGGACAAAUGCACGAUAUUGACCGCAAAUAGCCUAAAUAGAUAUUGUAUUUGACAAUAAUAAACUGUAAUAAUUUCAAACAUUGAUUACAUAGAUGCAAUCAAGAUGUUUCUGUAUAUAUUAAUGGGAAUAAUUGAGGACUUCCUUGAUUAAAAUAAUUUUACCUGAA